AGCCGCUCAGAGCGGCAGGGAGCCGCCUGGCGGAGGUCGGUCCCGGCCGUGUGAGGCGCCAUGGAGCCCCGGGACGUGUGCGGGGGAGAGGAGGCCCUGCCGGUGCCGGUGUGCGGGGCAUGGGAGCGGCUGGAGGCCUUUCAGUACACGGCUGAGCUCGUUGCUGGUCCAGGCGCAGAGUUGGACCCAAGUGAAGUCACCGUCCACGGCUGUGAGUGCCAGGGGCCACACUGCUCGCCGGGGGCGUGUGCCUGCCUGCCGCACGGUGAGAAUUACCUCCACCGCCGGUUACACAGCGGCCAGAAGCCCAUCCUGGAAUGUAACGUCUUGUGUCGCUGCGCCGAGUCCUGCUACAACCGCGAAACGCAGCAAGGUCUGCAGUUCCAGCUUCAGGUGCGUCAGGUGCCCAGGAAGGGUUGGGGUCUUCUCACCCAGGAGAACAUACCCAGUGGGCGCUUUGUUUGCGAGUACGCGGGCGAGGUCCUGGGUCCGGAAGAAGCGAGUCGCAGGAUACGGGCGCAGGACCCCGAAGCCAAUAACUACAUCAUCGCAGUACGGGAGCACCUUCACAGCGGGCACCUCCUGGAGACGUUCGUGGACCCCACCUACAUAGGCAAUAUAGGAAGGUUUCUGAAUCAUUCAUGCCAGCCUAACCUAGUGAUGGUGCCAGUCCGUACCCACUCCAUGGUGCCCAGGUUGGCAUUAUUUGCUGCCCGAGAUAUACAGGCCGGGGAGGAGUUAUGCUACGAUUACUCGGGAAUGGCUUUUAAUUUUACCCCCAACAGCGAGAUGAGAAGCGGGCACAGCCCGGGCAAGGAAAGGGACAGACGCCAGCGCAAGAAGUGUCUGUGUGGCACUGCCCCCUGUUCUGGGUACCUGCCCUUUGAUGCCACGCUCUAUAAAACAGAGACAGAAACGGCCUCUGAUCAGACUCAUCUGGUGCCAACUGGGCCGACCUAAGCCACGUCUGCCAGCCACGCAUCUGAAAUAUCUGUGUUUGUGGCCAACUCCAGAUACAAUCCGAUGUCUGAACGCAAUGAGCAGAAGGAUUCUUCUCGCCGUGUCAAAGGGCAACAGGUGGUAACUGAUGGCGUACAUCCAGACACUCCCUUUAUUUCGAUUUUUGAUUGUACAAUAAAAAUCUGCAAGAGAUUGGUAAUAU